UUAACAGGCGACGAAUGGCGCAUCAUUCUGUUCGAGGAGCCGAAACCGCAUAAGGUAAUAAAGGGGCACGUGAUUAGAAGUGAAGAGGUAGUUAAUGAGGGGUUCUGCCGGAUGAUGUGUUAUGUGUGAAUGUACUUUUAUGGAACCACAAGAAAAAAAAACCAAUAAGUCAUUUUUCUUUUUUAGACGCAGUUUCUGAAAUAUUUUUGGAGGCACUCUCGUUUUCAAUUAGUCGUAAAUGGCUCAAACGGGUAUCGAAUACAGUGUUUGAGACUAGACCGCCUGUCGAGACACCAAUAAACGCAAGUUUCAAACACAAAGGAUAACUCAGACAUGUACAAUGUGAAACCUUUACAAGGAGGAAAAGACAAUUGCGAAUUGAAUAACGCCACAGCUGAUGAAAGCCAACUGGUUUUCCUUGAGCUGGAAACUUUUAAUGCUUACUACUUGGCUGUUGAGGUCAGUAAACUUUUCAUAGUUCCAUAUAUAGGCUUUUCACGCCUCAAUAGUAUCUUUAAUUCCAAUCAAUUUGAUGCUUUCGUUUAAAAAGCAAGGACGAAACAACUAAUUAAAUGCUGGAGGACAGCUCAGAAAGGAUAGAGACUCCACUGAAAAAUAUGCAGCACUGAACAACGAAGCAUAAAAAGAGCGAAAAGCAUCCAAAUUCUGGCAAACUGACCAAUGUCAUAAACUGUUGUCCACGGUUGAUUUACUUUCUUCAUCUUUCGUUUCAAUUUUUCUCUGUUAUGCCGUCGUUGACUUAAUUUUUGACGGUGUUUUACGCAGUAUAUGUUCAACUUUCGCGGUCCUUGUGGUAAAAAUUGUGUCGUGUCUUUAAAAUUAUCCUUCAGUUACUAUCUCUUUCGUUUUCAGCAGAAUCCAUGCAGUAGCAGCCCUUGUUUAAAUAGAGGAACUUGUCAAGUUGGUUUCACUAGCAAAGGCUUCCGCUGCCUCUGUGUUCCUGGGUAUGCCGGAGCAAAUUGCAGUGGUACUGUAAAAUCUUCUUAG